AAUUGCAAAAGCAGACUUGCAAUUGGCGAGGUUUGAAUGUAUUUGACUUCGUCACAUGGCAGCUCGCAUAUCUGUCAAGUCAGCAACGUAAACAAACACGGACAACCGCCCGUAAAGAUUGUGUGCAGAAUAAUCGUAAAAUUUUAUGUGAAAACUCGGGAAAAGGAAAAACAUCAAUUCAUCCCGAAAUUUGGCAACAUUCGUCCGAGUAUGAUCGAGCAGCUGUGUGUGUGUAUGCCGACGAAAUACGACGCCGUUUCUACAACAAUCACUAAAGCCGGCUGUGAUCGUGAUCGGCACAUUCUCAACUGGACCAACACACCGGUCGUUGUGUAUCUUCAAGCAAACCAACGUUGCCAUACACCACAAAAUAGCAUGGAAAGGAAAGUAUUAUAAAAUAAUGUCAUAUUUGAAAGCAUUCUAAUCUUUCAUUGUUAUUUUUCCACUGCAAACAGGACAUUGGAUCACCGCAUCGACAAGUGGUUUUUAUGUGCAAGUGUUGUUAAGAAGUGUGUUGUACGGUGUAUUAUGUGUUUUACUUUAUUUGUAUCGCUUUGCAAGUGGUACAAUUAGUGCGUUUAAUCGUUGUGCUACUGCUAACGAAAAAACGACCCGAGCAUUAGAAGCGGCAACAAUACAUGUGCCUGACGCAGAGACAACAACGCCGUCAGCAUCCGUUGAUACCAUCCAAAGUGAUGGUUGAAAUCGUAUAUAAACGUGUAAAACCAUAUAUUGCGGCAUGUAAGUAUUGAAUAAUAGUUAAAUAAAAUACAUUUUAUCGUUGUACUGGACAAUGUGCAUCGAAAUUUUAAAAAAGUGUGUGUGUUUUUGUUUACAUCCGAAUACAGAACCCACAACGCUAUACUGUGGUUCGUGCACUCGCUAAGUAACGCUUGAGCUUUGAGCUUUCAUUGAGCUUACAUAGAAUGUUACACGCUACCUGCUCACUAAGGACUGCUAUCGAGCAGUGUUAUGAGCAGGUAGCGAGCAGUAACGCUUCCAUACAAAAAUCGCGAAACGUAACGCUCCAAUGCUAUUUGGGUACCCACUUUGCUUGGACCGGCCGGUGUGACAGCCGUGGUAUGGUGGCGCGGUCGCGAAGGUUGCGUCAUUCGAACAUGAGGAGCGAUUUUGUUUCGGAAAUUUCA